CGUCCUUCGUCUCUCCUCCCGACCUCCGGCUCCCCAAUGCCCCUCAACAUCUCCAAGCUGACCCAGGACAUCCUCGGCCUCGCCGUCCUGGGCCUCUUCCUGCUCGGAUGGCUGCUGUUCUUCAUCGGCACCUGCGUCCAGCAGAUUGUCCUCGGUCCCGGCAACGGUAUCUUCUGGUUCCAGGUUCUCUACCAUCUCGGACUUGCCCUGGGUCUCACCUUCCUCAACAUCACUGAUGGCAUCAAGUCCCAUCGUCUCGCUCUCAUGGCUCUGCUCACCAUCGGAACCGUCCUGAUCAUCAACAGCCUGACGGUGCUGCUCUACGUGGAACGGGGAGCCACCGCUGCGGCUGGCUCGUUCUUCAUGUCGUUUGUGUACUUUUUCUGGAUCAUCCGUUUCGGUUCCGAAGAAGAUUCUCCCGUCAACAAGAUUGAGCUGCCGAUCCCCGCUCGCGGCAACAACCUCACCGCCGAGGCUCCCCAGGCCCCCGCCAACGCUGCCCGUACUGGCUUCAAGCCCCAGAUUCAAAUUCCCAAGUUCAGCCUCCCUGUCUUUGGCAAGAAGGGCAACGCCCAGGCCGAGCAAACCACUCGCGAUAUCCAGCCUCAGGGCUACGCUCCUCAGCCCCAUGUCCCCGCUCAGCAGCCUCAGCAGCCCCAGCCGUACCAGGCUGCCCAGCCCAUUCAGGUUGUGACCACCAGCGAGCCUCAUGCUCCUUCCGCUGCCCAAACCUCGGCACCCGUCCCUGGUGCCGCCGAGCCUGCUCAGAAGGCCGUUGCCAUGUACCCUUAUACCGCCAACGCCAGCGAUCCCACCGAGCUUUCGUUCGAGAAGAACGAGAUUCUCGAGAUCAUCAACACUAACGGCAAGUGGUGGAGGGCCCGCCGAGUCGAUGCUGUUGGCAAGGUCAUUGAGGGCAUCAUUCCGUCCAACUACGUCCGCCUUCUCUAAGUCCCACCCACCCUCGGUGCCUCACGCAAAGCUGGAGGUUACUUUUUUUUUUUCUUUGUUUCUAUGCGAAGGUCCAUUGAGGGCGUUUCCAUUAAUUCCCACUUGCUGUCCUUGCCUUUCUGUCAAUUCCACUCGUGGCUCUCCUUUGUCUUUCUGUCGUUUUCGCACUCGCGCUCUCCCUACUUUGAACCUACGGCCCGGCUCUGCGAGUCUGGUGUUCUUUGGGCGGUAGGUGCCGAGCCAUGGCCGCUGUGAACCCCAUCGCUGAAAAAAAUCCUCCCCCCACCCCGCUAGAUCAAGAUCUUUGCCUUUAUGGCCUGUCUAACUUUCAACAAGACGCCCUGGAUAUUGACGCUGGCGGUGUUUCUUUUUUCUUCUCAUUUUGUUACUCUGGUCUUUGAAUACACAAAUGCGUCACAACAGCGAU